GAGAAUGGUGGUAUCGCGUUGGUUUCUGGUGCUGGCGUUGGCCUGGGCCCAAGACGAUGGCACCUGCGACGCACAAAGUGGGCAGUGCACGAGCGAUCCGGGCGCGCCACAUGGCGGCGCCCUGGUGGAUUUGAUACUGGCGGAUGACGCAGCGAAAAAGAUGGUCGCCUCCAGCAAUGCCAAGUUGGAGUUGUCUGAGCGUCAGGCCUGCGAUGUGUCACUGCUCAUCAACGGCGGUUUCUCACCUUUGAAAGGCUUCAUGAAGAAAGCCGACUAUGAGUCGGUCGUUUCGAACAUGCGAUUAGCAUCGGGUCAUUUGUUUGGAUUGCCCGUCGUUUUGGACGUGGCCGAUGAGUCCUUGAAGGGCAAGAAAGUUUUGCUGACCUAUGCGGGUACAAACUUAGCUGUCCUGGAGGCUGAGGAGGUCUUCAAACCGGACAAGGUGAAGGAAGCCAAGGCAAGUUAUGGCACCACCUCCACGGAGCAUCCCUCGGUGGCGGAGCUCUUCUCGGAGCUGGGGAAGUUCUACCUGGGAGGCAAACUGCACGGCCUGACGACGGGCUUCGACGCGGUGUGGGGCAAGGGCUUCAACACCCCUGCGCAGGUGCGCGCCUCGCUGCCGAAGGGCAAACAGGUGGUGGCCUUCCAGAACCGAAAUCCGGUGCACAAGGCGCACUUCGAGCUGCUGGUUCACGCCAACAAGGACGUGGAGAACAGCAUCAUCCUGGUGCAUCCCACCUGUGGUCCCACGCAGCCGGGGGACAUCGAUGGUGCCACACGUAUCAAGACCUAUGAGGUUUUGCAAGAAGAGCCAGAGUACAAGAAGUGGGCGGGCGAGAACUUCCGCUGGUCCUACCUCCCUUAUUCCAUGAAGAUGGCUGGGCCGAGGGAGGCCAUUCAGCACAUGAUCAUCCGGAAGAACUUCGGUGCCACCCACUUCAUCAUCGGCCGCGAUAUGGCGGGCACGAAGAGUACCCUGACCAGCGAGGACUUCUAUGGAGCCUAUGAGGCCCAAGACAUGGGAAAGAAACAUUCCGCGGAACUGAAUGUCAAGGUGGUGGACUACCCCAACAUGGUCUAUGUAGGAGCCGAGGGCAACGAACGAGGUUAUAUGACCGAUGUGGAUGCCAAGGCAAAGGGGUUGAAGAUCAACAAACUUUCAGGGACGGAGUUUCGCAAGCGACUUCGAAGCGGGGAAGAGAUCCCCGAGUGGUUCGCCUUCCCCAAAGUGGUGCAGGCGCCGCAAAACGGCCUCCAGGGCUGA